CGUCCAGGUACAGCGAAAGCGAGUGUUCUCAGAGCUUCGUACAAACCAGCUAUAACAGUGUGUGUGUGUAUGUGUGCUCUUGCUUUCGCGACGGAUUAGGCUAUCGGAUUGGUUCUUUCCGAGCAACAUAGCGCUAGUGUUGCCGCAGCUGCGGUUACAUCAAAGGCUUUGGCUUAGAUAGACCAGACCCAGCCGAACUCAGGAUUAACAGUCAUCUGCAACCCGAUAUCGUUUUGGAGUCACUGUCCGUUGUAAACACUAAACGGAACAGGUGCACCAUCGUGUUAUUUUGCAGUUUGAAUUCGCCGGAACGAUGCAUUGAGGACGGCUACAUGCAAUCGCCCUGUGGUCAUCUUCCGAGCCUGUAGUGAACUAAGGUUCGCGUGCGUUCGUCGACAACGACAUAGUACGCAUCUGGAGAACUCUUUACGGGGGAUUGUGAAUAUCAACAACAAUGGCAACCCUUCUGCGUAAAAUCGGACUUAUUCGUCUGCACGACCGCGACACAGAGGACCCGAAGCAUCACCAAGGCUCGUUGAAAGGGACUAAGGGCAACCAGAAAAACAACACGAAGCACUGUAAUACCAGCAAUGAGACGAACAUCCUUAGCACCCCCGAAAUUAAGGCUAAGAAAUUCGAUCAUCCUGUUAAGGACAAACCGCCCGUUAAGGACAAACAACAGGGCAAGGACACGAAAGAGAAACAGCAAAGUAGCAAGUCCAGUAGCUCGAUACCCUCGUUGGCGCCCCACAGACAACACUGCACCCAGGUCCGGACACGGAGAUUGAUGAAAGAACUGCAAGAGAUCCGACGACUGGGUGACAACUUUAUAACCGUAGAGCUGAUGGAUGAUAACCUCUUUGAAUGGAAUGUGAAGCUGCACCAGGUGGACAAGGACUCCGCGCUGUGGCAGGACAUGAAAGAGACGAACACUGAGUUCAUAUUGCUGAAUGUCACUUUCCCCGACAAUUUCCCCUUCUCGCCGCCUUUCAUGCGAGUGCUUACCCCGAGGCUGGAGAACGGCUACGUUCUCGAUGGAGGAGCUAUUUGCAUGGAGUUGUUAACCCCCCGAGGCUGGUCCAGCGCAUACACGGUCGAGGCCGUCAUGAGGCAGUUUGCUGCGAGCCUUGUGAAAGGACAGGGGCGGAUCUGCAGGAAAGCUGGCAAGUCCAAGAAGGCCUUUAGCCGUAAGGAGGCCGAGGCCACCUUUAAGAGCCUUGUGAAGACCCACGAGAAGUACGGCUGGGUAUCUCCCCCCGUGUCUGACGGCUGAGUGCAACCUUCUCCAGUCGGGGGACAUGGGGAUGUGGCCAACCCGCCACGUGGCUCUUUUUUGGUCCCUUUUCCUUCUUCUUCUGCCUCUUCCUCCUACUUCUUCUUCUCCUUCUUCUUCUUCUUCUUCGUGUUUUUCUUCGUCUACUUGUUCCUCGAAUACUACCACUUCCCUUCCUCUGUCUCUCACCAUCGAACUUUAUGGAAAACAAAUAUGAGAAAAAAAAAAAGAUCUACUGAUAAACAGCCACCAUUACUAUACUGUACUUGACACUACACACGGUAGAGUGCAUCUCUUUCACACAAAAACAUCAAACACAGAUAUGCACACUCACAUACUGUACACACACAGACACGCACACACACAGACAGACAGACAGACAGACAGAUACACGUGUAAAUCUCCAUCUUCUUCCGACUGUUCACCCAGGAGCCACAGUCCGAGCGUUCGCUCGAGAGGACACGGCGUGUCGGGUAGGGGGGGUAAAGACCCCCCCCCCACCCCCCUGCUUUUGCCCUCCACCCACCACCAACACCAGCACCACCAGUAUCCCUCUCCCCUGUCUUCUUACAUCAAUGUAUCUUUCACAUCAGAACACCCAUCCCCUACCUACACCCCCACUCUCCCCUCCACAAGCUGUUGAGCGCACUGCUCCCGAGUGACGUCAGACUUUUCUCCCAUUUACAUGCUAAUGACAUUGUUAAAUAUUUAAUAAUAGACAGGCCGAGCAGCAGGGCACAUGUAAGGCUCAUUCUCCCCCUUUCUCCCCCCACUCUUCUUUGGCUGUGCUGUGAUUCACAGUUCAAUGCAACAUGAAGAUUGUACUUAAUGUGGAGCUGUGCUCUUCUGUCUCUCUCUCUCUCUCUCUCUCUCUCUCUUCCUCUCUCUCUCUCUGUCAUUCUUUCAUUCUACUCUCUCUCUCUUCUCUAUCUCUAUUGCGUGCGUGUGGCUAAAUUUAGACAUCACUGUGUUGCGUAGCUGGUCAUUGAUUUCUAAUGGAGAAAAAAAAUCCCAUGCAUAUGCAGAGGUACUUUAAAGAGAAAAAAAAAAAACAGAAUGGCUACUACUACUACAGAGUGAACUACUGUACGCUCUCUGUUCAUUAUAUCAUUUUUGUGUGUGUGUGUGUGUGUGUGUGUUUGGAGGAGACCAAAAGCCUAUAAUUCUCAUGAUUUAGAUACCAGAUGGCCAGCAACGAAUGUCAGAGCCUCAGUUGGAUUUGAUGAGAGGGGUGUGUGCCUGUCAUUGUGUGUGUGUGUGUGUGUGUGUGUGUGUGUGUGUAUGCGUGUGUGUUUGUUUAAGACACAUUGUGUAGUGUAGUGGAAAGAAUCACAACAGGAGAUAUUCGUCGGGCUUGAUGGAGAUGUGCUUGUCUCGCUCGCGGUAGCCUGACACUAUUAUUUGCUGGUGCCAUGGUGGCUUUUGAUGGACUUGUCAGUGCCCAGGAAGAUUGGCUCUCACUCGCCGGUGCCGUGAUUGCGGCUGUUAUGAAGUGCUGGCCCUCGGACAUAAUGCCUCCUCGAGACAGCCAAUCUCAAGCCCUCGGAAAGCCCUGUUAUUGUUUCCGAGCAUAUUGCUUCAAUUAAUAUCUCUGCUGCUGGUCUCCAAUCACAGAAGUCCAAUUUGGCAGUUGGUGUCGGCACCGUUUUCUAACAAACCGCCCCGCGUGUACCGUAAUUUCCCGUCUACGAACCAAGGUUUAUACCUUGAUAACCAAAUUUCUUCAGAUAUGAGGUUGAUACACAGGGGCGGGCUACACGGGAAAUUACUGUACGUCACAUCAGCCAUGCACUAUCAGCGGCAAACGAAAGACGUCAAGCUCGCCAAAGCUGCCGCGGUUGCACGCCUGCCAUGCUAGGUUGCAACAGGCUCAUGCGUUAGCCUUGGCGUGUUGUGGCAUCUGACCUGGCGUGUUGACAGACCUAACCGUGUGGGAUGGGGGGGAAGUGUCAGAGAGCCACGGCAGCAGUAGAUUUUGUCAUGUAGAGGGGCGGCAUGGAUACAGUAGGGACAACCUGUUCCGAUCCGUAGACGUCAUAGACCAGCUGAGACUCUUGGCAUAAAAUGGUGUUUGGAUAUAGCUUAGUGGGUGUCACAAGAUCAACAUGUUACUGGGAAAAACAGCAACGUUGAAGAAGUGUUCAGUAGGUUUGACUAAGACUGGUUGAUGGUGGAAUUCUUUGUCUGGAUUCUUUUUUGUCAGCUUCUCCUUAGAAUCCUAAGAGGGCCAGCAAUUGGGUGUACUGUGGUGUCUUAAGUUAUGUUAACAUCCACAAACCCCGGGAGAAAGUAUGCAUUGUACAUGCAUAGUAUCAAGUUAAAGUAUUUAUUUUUAUGUCAUUUAAACUGAAAUGCACUGAAUGGGAUGUGACAAUUCAGGGAGCAGGGACAAUAGAGUGCUGGUGAGACUGAGAUGGCAUGUAAUUGAGAUUAAUUGGGGGGACUGUACGCCAAAUCCCAAUUUCCACUCUCCUCUUUCCCACAGUAUUGUAACAUCAAUGGUGAGGGAGAUUUGAGGUGUCUUGCCCAGUGCAUGCAUGUCUCUUUCUAUGCAAAGCAGUGCACAACGGAAGGCCUCAAAGCAUGGGAUCCAUCAGUGCUGUCGGGACUCGAAAUGUCAUACCGAAAGCUGCUAAUUAAUGUGACAUUUUGAAGAAAAAGAAGGAUAGAUACCCGAGGAAUAAUUUAGCUACUCACCCCCCUGAUUUCACAUUAGUACACUUCCCCAUGCAGAGAGGUCAAGGAGGGACAGGAUUCUUGCGAUGAGAUUAUUAUUUUUUUUUCCCAGGCGAGCUUUUACCCAGUCUUUGUCAUCAUCUUUACCCUCGGAAGGGGAAAAGUAGAACGAGUCUGUUGGAGAGCCUAGAACGAGGGGUUGAUUUCGGCUCUCCUCGUACGUGCGUCAUUUUUUUUUACACCCCGCCUCUUCAUCCGACACAAAAAUAGCAUUCCUUCCUGUACUCUAGCCGUACUUUGUUUGAUGACAUUUUGUAUCACAGCACUUGGGCGCUUUUUUUUUGGUUUCUAAUGCCAAUUAUGUAACAAGCUGGAUGGCUCAGUACAGAUCUCACAUGUCGGGUCUGGUAUCAAAUAGAAGUGCUUUUGAUCUUCUCCAACGUUCUCUUUUGGGCAGUCACUGAAAAAAGUGGUUAUGUAUUCCUAUGGCCGUAGCAAGAGAGCUCUGUGAAAAGUGGCUAAGUAUACUAAGUCGAAAUAUCUCAAAAAUUGGGUGUUCGCCAGUUUAAAGAGCAUAAUUUUGUGAUAUAGUUUAGAUUGGUAGUUUACAUAAACUAACUAACUGAGUUAAUUGUCCAAAACAAGUGAGAUGAUUCUGUUGUAUUAUAACUGCAUGUGGUCUGUGAUUGUUAGCUAGCUAUGUUAUUUUUUUUCUGUUUUUAUUUUCUAGAAAAGGAAGAAAAUUUUGAAAAAAAGAACUGAAUGUCUUUUUUUUUCUUAUUGGUUCUUUAUUUUUCAAGUUCUCAUGUCCAGGUUUUUUUUUUAACGUCCGAACAAUGUCAAAUUGUGUUCUAUGAAUGUUUGUGUUUUAAUUUAUUUGUGGUUUGCCAAACUGAAGAUUUUGAAGCAUGUUGCAGGUAUUGUCACAGAUUAAAAAGAUGAUGAUAAAAGAAAAAAACAAACUCAUUUAAGAAUGAUAUGUACCUGAAGCAAGUGGAGUCACGUGUGUAGCUAUCUCAGGCUCCAGGGACUGUCGGGAAUAAACUACAAGACUUCGUGUGGUCCAGUGCACCGCGCAUACAACAUUGCAGGUCAUAGUCGGAGCAAAACCAAACAGGAAUGUGCAAUAAAAGUUGUAGGCUUAUUCUACCCUACUGAACAUAA